AGAAUUCGGGGUAAACCAAAUAUUUGUCAUUCGUAUUUGAAUUUUUACAAGCACAACAUUUGGCAAUCUUUCAAAAUUUUCAGUAGUUAAGUUCAAAGAUCGAGGCGAUGUAUAAUUUAAGUGGUGGUUCCUUGAAGACAUCGGGGCGCAGUAAUGCAGUUGAUUCGACUGCCUAUAGGAUGAGAGCUGGCGAAAAGUCAACGCUGCCGGUGGCGCAACGCAUCAGACGAAAGAUGCAAUCGAAUCCGAAUCCAAGCCGGGUUUCCGCUGGAGCAUUGACUUCUGCCAUCAGUUUAACCAAAUCGAUGAAGUCAGGCAGCACACUUUUGACAAAGGCAGACGGAGGAGUCCGUAAAGCAAAGAACGGCGUCGCCUCUGUCUCUGGUGUCCAGUCAGCUUAUGUUGUGCCGUCUUCGAGCAUAACAGCGUCUGCAGUCAAGAAGAGUUCACUGUCACGUAAACCCGCUGGUGCAUUUGUGUCUGCAAAUAUUAAGGGCGGUGCUAAAGCUAAGAUUACAGGAGCUCGUAAAGUCAAGUUCUCAAAUAACGUGCACACAUUUCCGCCCAGCAACGUAAAGAGCGUCAAGAAGGGAUCGUCGAACAUUGGCAGCCUGCAGCUGAAGAAACGCGUUAAGAAGCUUAAGCCCAAGGCGACUGGCGGCCACAGCAGCGUCUCCAGCAAGCUCAAUCUGUCCCUUUCGCAGCAGCGCAGCCCAAUCCUUAGAAGGAACGUCGUUCAUCAGCCCGGCACAAUCGUAGACGUCGAGGAGAAGCCAGAACCAACAACAACAAAGCCGAAAGGUGCCACCAAAAAGACCUCAACAGGUGCCAAGAAAGUUAAGAAACAGCGCAUCAAGGCUGGAUCAAUUGCCCGUCAACCCGUUCCGGCUGAUUAUAUCAGACCUUCCCCUCGUCUGGCAUACUCGAUACCGCCCGAAGCGAGACGUGAUCAUCAAUUGCCAAUUAGGAAAGCCAAAAGCAAGUCUGUUUCGGUUCCAUUCCGUUGACCAAGUUUGCAGCAUGGAUAAGUCUAAUGGCGAUGAAUCAGAUCAAUCAAAGCGGAAGCCGGAUGAGCGUCAAUCGCAGCCCAUCAAGCGUCGUAUUACAGAAUCUGAUAAUAGUCGCGAUACUUUAACUGACACUGAGUUGUUGCCGCAUAGCAAAAGUUUGCCGAAUCCUCCAAAUGAUUCCCCUGUUGCUGUUGCUGAUGAUGCAGUUGCCAAGAAGCGGGUAAACAUGCUGACAUCAUCAACACAAACAGACAGCGCUUGAUUAGCACAUGAUUAUUUGUUAAUAGAUUGAAAUGACAGGGGGUGGGAGUUUGAUUUAUGCAAAAUAAAAACAACAAAAAUUCAAUAUA